AUGAGUCUUAACGCGAAAGACAAAUCCAACGUAAAGGCUAUUUUUGCAAAAGCCGAGCCCAGGGCUGAAGAAAUCGGUGUCGAGGUUCUCUCCAGAUUGUUUACUGUUUAUCCUCAGACGAAGUCGUACUUCAGCCACUGGAAAGACUUUACUGCAGGCUCAGCAGAAGUGAGGAAGCAUGGGCUCACGGUGAUGCAAGGUGUCCUGAGGGCCGUCGACAUGAUGGACAACCUAAACACAAGCCUGCUUAGCCUCAGCGAGCUCCACGCAUUCAAGCUGCGCGUGGAUCCCGCCAAUUUCAAGAUAAUAUCACACAACAUCCUUUUGGUGCUUGCCAUGCUGUUCCCGGAUGAUUUCACUCCUGAUGUGCAUGUUUCGGUGGACAAGUUUCUCGCGCAAGUUAACCUGGCAUUGUCCGUCAAGUACCGUUAA